AUGGGUGCCAAAAUCCUGAUUCCUCCUGAUCGAAGUAAAAAUACUUGUGUUGAUGAAACCAAAUACUUUAUAUAUGCAUCUUCAGCAAUGCAAGGUAAAUCAUUUAUUUAAGGAUAUAGGUUGGAAAGGAGAUAUGGAAGACGUUCAUAUUCAUGUAUGUGACUUUGCACCGGAUAUUUCUCUCUUUGGUGUCUUUGAUGGCCAUGGAGGCAAUGUUUUUGCUCGAUUUGUUUAGAAACAUUUUAUUGAAGAACUUGAAAAGAAUAAAAAUUUUAAAGAUCAUAAAUUUGAAGAUGCUCUUAUAGAGACUUUCUUAAAAAUGGAUGAGCUCUUGAUUAGUCCAGAAGGUCAAAAUGAAAUUAAUGAAAUGAAAGAUAAAAAUGAAAGCAGUAAUUAAAAUUAAUAACCCAUAUAAUUAGUCAAUUUUGCAGGGACUACUGCCAAUGUUGCCCUAUUUUAUAAGAAUACACUUUAUGUUGCUAAUGUAGGUGAUUCUAGAUCUGUAUUAUGCAGAGAAAAUACAAAUUAUGAUAUGAGUUUUGAUCAUAUACCUAAUAAUUAUUAAGAAAAAUUAAGAAUUCAAAAAGCUGGUGGUUAUGUAUCUGAUGGAAGAAUCAAUGGUAAUUAAUUUUUAAAUAUUGUCAGGAAGUCUAAAUCUAUCCCGUUCUUUGGGAGAUUUUUAGUUUAAGAGUGACACCAAUUUAAGUUUAAAUGAAUAAUUGAUCAUUGCACUACCAGAUAUNGCUUUCAUUUUUAUCUUUCAUUUCAUUAAUUUCAUUUUGACCUUCUGGACUAAUCAAGAGCUCAUCCAUUUUUAAGAAAGUCUCUAUAAGAGCAUCUUCAAAUUUAUGAUCUUUAAAAUUUUUAUUCUUUUCAAGUUCUUCAAUAAAAUGUUACAAUUCAUCUUCCUAAAAUAGUUGAAGUUUAUUAUUUUUAAACAAUACUUUAUCCUUAAACUAAAAUAAGAUUCACAAUUAUUAAAUUUUUACCUAUAGAUUUCAAUUUACAUAAUAAUAAUUUUAUAAUUUUACAAAAAAGAGAUACAAAUCCAUAUAUUAUAGAAAUAUGUGGUAAUUUUCUAAAUACUACGUAAAAAAAUCACAUUAAAUUUAAUAAAAACAAUGUAUAUUCUUUAUCACAAUAUGUUGUGA